AGUUGGAGCGCCGCGCCGGACACGGUUUCUCGCCGCUUGACGUGCUCGUGCUUCUCCGGACCACCACCACCACCACCACCGCCGCCGCCUAGCGUGCUGUGCUCCGUCCGCGGAGUAAAAAUAGAGACGAGGAAACAGACGUCCACGAAUAAACGAGCGGAACGAGCGGUCGCCGCCCGCCAGCCAGCCGCCCGCAACCAGCCGUCGCCGUCCGGCCAGCUGGAAAAUAAAUGAUAACGUGCAGUUGAAACCGUACCGCGUUCGUCCGUGCACGUGGCGGCCGUAGAUUACGUUUGGCCGUGAGAAGAACGCGUGCGCGCGCGCACCUCUAGACAACACCCGGUUACGUCCCGGGCGACAGCGCUUCUCGACGAGAAGGAAAAACAAAUAAUAAUCCGCGCCACCGGACGAUAAGAUGGCCGUGGUCAACAUGAACAACUUGCUGAACGGCAAGGACUCCAGAUGGUUGCAGUUGGAGGUAUGCAGGGAGUACCAGCGGAACAAGUGCUCCAGACCGGACACGGAUUGCAAGUUCGCCCAUCCGGCGGCCAACGUGGAAGUUCAAAACGGUCGCGUCACCGCUUGCUACGACAGCAUAAAGGGUAGGUGUAACCGAGAGAAACCGCCGUGCAAAUAUUUUCAUCCACCGCAACAUCUCAAGGACCAGCUGUUGAUAAAUGGGCGUAACCACUUGGCCCUAAAGAAUGCAUUAAUGCAGCAAAUGACUAUGGCUGCUAGUCAACAGAUAGUGCCGGGGCAAGUUCCUACAGCAGUGGCCACGCCGACAGCAUAUUUGACCGGGAUCCCUGGCGGAAGCACUCAGGUGGGCAACACUUACACGCCAUACUUCAGCGCUGCCGGACCGUUGAUCGGACCGACCACAAUAAUCACGUCCGAUCCGAACAAUCCACUGGCCAUGGCCGUGCAGCAGACAAUGGUUACACAACAGAAAAUGCCUAGGAAUGACCGUCUAGACAUGGAUAUGAAAGCCGUUGGAACAUUUUAUUACGAGAAUUUUGCAUUUCCGGGAAUGAUGCAGUACAAACGAGCUGCAGGCGACAAAUCUGGAAUUCCAGUGUUUCAACAAAACUCGGGAGCUUACCAACAAUUGCUUCAGCCAUUUGUGCCAACAGUAUCUUUUGCUGCACCGCCGGGCAUCCCGAGGUAUUAACACGAUGACUGCAUUUCAAAAAUCAACUUAUGUUACACCGAACGUCCACCGGAUGUAUGGCUGUAACCUUAUUUAUUUACAAAACCACGUUCGAUUCAAGUCAUCAAUUUAAUACACAGUAAAAAAAAAAAAAAAAAUUAAUUAUAGUGUAUUGCAUUACAUAUAACU